AUGGAGAAAGACCUGCCAGAGCCCAAGGCAGCUGCUGAGCAGGAGCCACCUGGCCCUAAAUCCACCUUCCAGGCUGCAGCACCACCACCAAAACCGACCCGAGAGAGCAUCCUGCCCACCAAGGCACCUGCUGCGCGGCCGUGGAGGCACCAGCCGCUUCUCAGCAUGGCGCAGCCCAGCAGCAGCAGCAAGGACAUCGUGCAAGCCUUCAUCAGCGAGAUCGGGAUUGAAGCCACCGACCUGUCCAGCCUGCUGGAGCAGUUCGAGAAGUCUGAAGCCAAGAAGGAGGAGGCUCCUGUGCAGCCCCCUGAGGACAAGCGGCCAGCAGGGAGCUCUGGGCCUGAGACCCAGCAGGACAGGAAGCCCCUGGACAGCCUGCAGGCCUCUGAGCUGGCCAAUGUGGCAGGCCUCACGCCUCCAGCAACGCCCCCACACCAGCUCUGGAAGCCGUUGCCUGCUGUCUCACUGCUGGCCAAGCCUGGGUCUGCACCCCAGGAAGGCCCCCAGAAGAUGGCCAUGCUGACGAAGGCCAAGCUGCUGCCCCCAAUGCAGCACGGCCGGGGAGCACCGGCAGACAAAACGCAGCCCCCUGCUGAGGGCGGCUCCCGCUGGAACGUCAAGCACCACCGGGACAUCACCAUCAAACCCAUCUCCUCCUUAACCAAACGGACGCUGGACCAGCCUAAGCCCACUCCGCCAGUCCCCACCACCACUGUGGGGCCUGACCAGGAGCCUCUGGGGACAGCCUGCCUUGCCCCCCUGGAUUAUCGGACUAGCGUCCCCAGUGAGGCCACUGCAGGGUGCAGCAGCCCCCCCACCUCGGUGCUGCUGUCUCCAGCCGCAUCCCCCUGUCGGGACCAGGAGGUGCAGACUCCCAGUGCCCAGCCUGGCCGCGUUGCUGCCAAGAGGUCCCUGCGCUGCUACCGGAGACCUCGGGACUCACCCAGCCCCUCUGGCAGCAGCUGGAGGGCUGGCCGGAGCCGUGCCAGCCACUCCUUCAGCUCCAGUUCGGAUGGAGCUAGUGAGUCCUCAUCUUCAUCUUCAUCCUCGUCCUCCCGGUCCCGUUCACGGUCGUUCUCCCCACCGCCCAAGCGGUGGCGAAGCUCCUCCUCCCGCUCCAGCUGUGGGUCAUGUGGCCGAUCCCGGGACAGGUCCUCCUCCUCCUCAUCAAGGUCAUCCUACACGUCCAGGUCCACAUCCCGCAGCCAGUCCCGCUCCCCGUCGCCCCGCAGGAGGAGUAACAGGCGGAGAAGAUACAGUUACAACGCACAGGACCACUACCAAAGGCAGAGGAUACUCCAGAAGGAACGUGCAAUAGAGGAGCGACGAGUUGUGUUCAUUGGCAAGAUCCCCAGCAGGAUGACGCGGUCGGAGCUGCGGCACCGCUUCUCUGUGUUUGGGGACAUUGAGGAGUGCACCCUGCACUUCCGCUCCGAGGGGGACAACUACGGCUUUGUCACCUACCGCUAUGCCGAGGAAGCCUUUGCUGCCAUUGAGAGCGGGCACAAGCUGCGGCGCCCGGACGAGCAGCCCUUUGACCUGUGUUUUGGCGGCCGCCGGCAGUUCUGCAGGAGGAACUAUGCUGAUUUGGACUCGAACCGGGAGGAUUUCGCCCCAGCCCCCGUCAAGAGCAAGUUUGACUCCCUGGAUUUCGACACGCUGCUGCGGCAGGGCCCGCAGCCUGCGGAG